CCCCUCGAGCUCGAGCUAUAUAAAUAAAUUAAUACUUUUUAAUUUUCCUAAAUUUUGCAGACGAAGUAGUAGAAUAUGCCUGAAGAUUUCUGCACUCAUCGCCCUCUCUUCGGCGGCGCUAUCACCUCCACCUUUCCCCGUCGCUUCGAGGAUGUAAGCAUCGUCCGCCAAGUACCCGAUCAUCAGGAGGCGUUCGUGGAUCCUGCGCGCGACGAGAGCUUGAUAAUUGAGCUCUUGGACCUGAAGACUGACGUGGCGGAUCAAGGGAGUGCCACGUGGUUUCUUCAAGACCUCGCUACUGAACAAGAUGCAGAGGGAACUAUGGUGCUCGAACAGUCUGGUGUAUUCGAGGCUGACGGAGUCCGGUUCAGAGGCAUUCCUGCUAUCAUUACAACUGCAGUUGGACAAAUGGCCAUAUCGAAAGGAAGACAAGGAAGAGAUGCGCAGAACGUAGUUAAGGUUUACUUGGCUAAUCUGCGCCUCAAGGGUGUCGCUACCGAUGUUUUAAUCACUGCGUACGAGCCCAUCUUGAUAAACGCGGCGAGUGAAACGGCAGCGGCAGUUGGAGCAGGGGUAGCGGUACCGGCAGAACAGAGUGGAUGUAUGCCAAUGAGGCAGGUUUUUACAAGUGCUGUGACUAGUUUCAAGGUUAAUGACUGGAACCUCUUUGGUUCAUCUGCUGAUUAAAUACUGUUUAAUUAGGAUAAUUACUCAUUUAUUUACUGUUUUCAGCUAAUUAAUUAGGAUAAUUACUCAUUUAUUUAUUUUUAUUAUUUUUAAUCAGUUUAUGAAUGGUUAAUUUAUUGUCAUUAGUAGACCACAUAGGUCACAUCUACUAUAUUUGAGGUACUACCAUGUAACCAUAGUUAAACUUCCUGGUUGGUUGAAAUUUUUGAAAAAAUCAAUGGAAUAAUCACUUUUUC